AUGUCUGACCUCGACAUCGGCCAGCUCUCCGACAGUGAGAGGUCCGCGCUGGAGACCUACACUACCCUGACCGGCCAGGAACCUGCCGAGGCUAUCCCAUUACUGCGUCGGUCACAAUGGAAUGUCCAAAUCGCCGUCUCCAAGUUCUUCGAUGGUGAAGGCCCCGAUCCCGUCGAGGAGGCUCGCUCGGCCCUGAACAACCCUCCACCACCUCCACGGCCAGCCCGCCGCACUCAAAACCUCAUGUCGGACGAUCUCACGGGAACCCUAUCACCACCAGCCACUCGUAGAGCCGACAUCGCACCCCGAGUCGACACCCAGCCCGAAGACCAACCUGUCUACCGCCCGCCAUUCAUCCUUGCCCUACUCUUUACCCCCUUCAGCCUGGUCUACCGACUCCUCGCCAGCUCAUUCCGGCUAUUUGGGACGCUCUUCCCAUUCCUGCCGCGGCUAUUCACCGUCACCGUCAACCCCGCUCUACAAGGCGCGCGCCGGAACACAACCGGUCGGCGAGCACUAGGCCCCAAGGACACGGCGGCGCGGUUCAUCCGCGAGUUCGAGGAGGAGUAUGGCUCGCACGCGAUUCCGUUCCUAGAGAACGGAUACAACAUGGCGCUGGAGAAGGCGCAGCGCGAGUUAAAGUUUCUGUUGGUGAUUCUCAUGUCCCCAGAGCACGAUGAUACCGCCGGCUGGGUCAGGGAUACGCUGCUGGCGCCCGAGGUGGUCGAGUUUAUCAAUGACCCCCAGAACAACCUGCUGGUAUGGGGCGGCAACGUCCGAGAUUCCGAGGCGUACCAGGUGUCCAACUCGCUGCGGUGCACCAAAUUCCCUUUUGCUGCGGUUAUUGUGCACACGCCCAAUGUGUCCUCGACCGCCAUGUCGGUGAUAGGCAGAAUCGCAGGCACCACCUCUUCGUCUGAGAUGGUGACCCGACUGCGGACCAGUAUAUCGUCCAAUCAGGAGCCGUUGGAGCGGAUCCGAUCCUCACGCGCCGAGCAACAGGCCUCCCGCAGCCUGCGUGAAGAGCAAGACUCCGCCUACGAGCGAUCGUUGGCCAUUGACCGGGAACGAGCGCGGCAACGCCGUGAGGCAGAGGCGACGCGGCAGCGUGAGGAACAGGAAGCGGCAGACCGACAAGCCGCAGAGGAGAAGCGACAGCGUGAUCUCGCGCAAUGGAAAGCCUGGCGCACACAGUCUCUUCAGCCCGAGCCGGGAGCGGAUGUCAAAGAUGCCGUGCGGAUUAGUGUCCGACUUCCAUCUGGAGAGCGACUCAUGCGCAAGUUCGCACCAGACGCAGAUAUCGAAGAAUUAUACGCUGUCGUAGAGUGUUACGAGAUACUGCAGGACGAGGCACGGCCAACAGAUGUGUCUGCCCCGGAAGGGUUUGAGCAUCAGUAUGGUUUCCGCUUGGUCUCUCCUAUGCCGAGAGCGGUGUUUGCGGUCGAUGACGGGGGCACGAUCCGUGAUAAGAUUGGGAGGGGUGGUAACCUCCUGGUUGAGCCGAUUGUGGAUGAGGAGGAUGAAGAUGAAGAGGAAAAGACGGAGGAGGAGACGGCAUGA